CACUUGGCAUUGACCAACAGCAGCGGCCCAUUUUCUCCCCACAAAAGAACAGAAAGGACGAGGAUAGCAAGAAGAGAGCAGGGGAUUCCCCGCGCAAAACCACUUGGGUGGCGGGAGACGGAAGAAUUCAUAGGCCGGCGGUCACCGAGCUUUGUGCUGUCCGGCGGGGGAGAUGGGGAAGAAGCAGCACUUGGAUUGGACAGCCAAAUCAAUUUCCUCCACUGGCUCCGAGAGAGUGUCCCUCUUAUCUAAGCAGGGAAAGAGAAAAGCUAGUGCAGAAGACCAUUCUGAUGACGCCCCUGCAAGUGAUCUUGAGCAUGGAGCCGGGGAGGCGGCGAAUGUUGGGUUUGGUCGAGUUCUUUCACUGGCAAAACCUGAUGCUGGGAAGCUAGUCAUUGGCACCAUAGCCUUGUUGAUAUCAUCCACCUCAAGUCUUCUUAUUCCAAAAUUUGGUGGAAUCAUAAUUGAUGUAGUAUCAAGAGACGUAACAACCCCGGAACAGCAAGCAGAAGCUCUGGAUGCAGUCAAGAAUACCAUAUUAGAAAUAUUUCUCAUAGUUGUGAUUGGGUCUAUUUGCACAGCAAUUAGAGCGUGGUUAUUUGCUUCUGCGAGUGAAAGAGUUGUGGCUCGUCUGAGAAAAGAUUUAUUCAGCCAUGUUCUCAAUCAGGCAAGUUGUUUGUCAGCUGAAGAAAUUGCCUUCUUUGAUGUUACAAAAACAGGCGAACUUCUAAGCAGGCUAUCAGAAGACACUCAAAUUAUAAAAAGUGCAGCAACAACUAAUCUUUCUGAGGCACUGCGUAAUGUAACAACUGCACUGAUCGGUGUUGGUUUUAUGUUUUCAUCAUCAUGGAAGCUAACAUUAUUGGCUCUAGCAGUGGUGCCUAUUAUUUCUGUGGCUGUAAGAAAAUUUGGACGCUAUCUUCGUGAACUCUCACAUUCUGUUCAAGCUGCAGCUGCUGUUGCUGCUUCAAUAGCUGAGGAAUCUUUUGGAGCUAUUCGAACAGUUAGAUCUUUUGCGCAAGAAGGAUAUGCAAUUUCUCAUUAUUCAGAAAAGGUUGAUGAGACACUGAAGUUGGGACUCAGACAAGCCAGAGUAGUUGGCUUAUUUUUCGGAGGACUGAAUGCAGCAUCCACGUUGUCAGUCAUGAUAGUUGUGAUUUAUGGAGCAUACUUGACAAUAAUGGGCAACCUGACAGCAGGCGCUCUUACGUCUUUUAUCCUUUACAGCCUCACAGUUGGCUCUUCAGUUUCUUCUUUAUCAGGGUUGUACACAACUGCAAUGAAGGCUGCAGGGGCAAGUAGGAGAGUCUUUCAGCUGUUAGAUCGCGUCUCAACCAUGCCAAAAUCUGGGGAUACUUGCCCUAUAGGUGAUCCUGAUGGAGAAGUAGAACUGGACGAUGUUUGGUUUGCUUAUCCUUCGCGUCCAAGUCAUAUGGUGCUCAAGGGCAUAUCAUUGAAACUGAAACCGGGAGCAAAAGUUGCUCUUGUUGGUCCAAGUGGUGGUGGCAAGACCACAAUAGCAAAUUUGAUUGAAAGGUUUUAUGACCCACUCAAAGGGAGCAUUUCGCUGAAUGGAGAGCCAUUGGUUAAUAUAUCACAUGAGUAUCUUCAUAGAAAGGUUAGUAUAGUAAGCCAGGAGCCGGUACUUUUCAACUGUUCAGUGGAAGAGAACAUUGCUUAUGGGUUCAGUGGCAAAGCUAGCCGUGCUGAGAUAGAAGCCGUAGCUAGAUUGGCCAAUGCGCACGAGUUCAUAGACAAAUUUCCUGACAAGUACGAGACAGUAGUAGGUGAACGUGGGCUGAGGCUGUCCGGUGGUCAGAAACAGAGAGUGGCGAUUGCGAGAGCAUUGCUGAUGAACCCAAGAGUGCUGCUGUUGGAUGAAGCUACAAGUGCUCUUGAUGCAGAGAGCGAGUACCUUGUUCAGGAUGCUAUGGAUUCACUGAUGAAAGGAAGGACAGUGCUUGUGAUAGCACAUCGACUUUCGACAGUAAAAAGUGCAGACAGUGUGGCGGUGAUAUCAGAAGGCCAGAUCGCAGAGAGGGGGACACACGAUGAACUCUUACUCGAUAAUGAUGGCAUCUACACUGCACUUGUGAGGAGACAGUUACACCAAGGGCAAGUAUCCUCCUCAGCGUCUACUUCCUCAUCAUCACCCUAGUGAUCUCAAAUAUGAAACCAUACAAGUAUUUCCUUGAGUUGGCAAGAUCAUUGGAAACACAAUCCUUUUCCUCCAUGUAUAUGAAGUAUCCUCGUGGAGAGUAAUGUAUAGUUGUGCAAUGGACCGUGACACUGGCGAAUGUAUAGCUAGAUGGAACUCUUGAAGGUCUUUGAAUAGCUAGGGCCUAGGAACCUUGAAUGUCCUAUUCGAAUAUUGCCAAUUUGCCAUGUCAAAUGAUGUUGGCUCCAAUAUCACCAAUCAGUGACAUGAGCUGACUCACUUCCACGUAUGAGUAAAUGUCACUUCUGCUAUACUACAAAUUGUUCUCAAUAUAUCACUACAAGAGGAUUUAUGUUGGGAAUCA